AUGGCUGGACAGAGAUGGCUAAUUGAGCUCCAGGCUGUAGAUUCUCAUACAUUGCUCAGCUUGGUUAGCCUGAUCUACUCAGGUCAUUUUAAUGGAAAUCAAGAGCAGGUCUUCUCAGCAGCACAAUCACUGGGAAUUGAGUUUCCUCAGCAGCACCAAAAAGAAAGACAAGCUGGCAAUAAAGGGCAAAGACAAUACAGAGAGGAUGCUGAAUACACCAAGGUGGAUGUUCGAGAGGGUGAUGAAGGAAUGGCAAAGAGAAUGCAAACAGGCAGUGUAAAAGAAAUGAGAGAAAGUGGCACACAGACCGAGGAUGGGACACAAACAAAUGAAAGAGAGACACCAACAGAAAUGGAAUGUGUCGACACUCAGAACUUUCAGACUAUUCCAGUGUAUUUGAUUGAUCAGUCAACACACUUUGUAAAUCAAGAGCCUUUCAUUUAUACCAAUGCCCAAGAUGCCACACUGGAAAUACAGACAAUCACUGGCCAUCCAGAGAAGAUACCUGCUACCUACGAUAUCUUAGCCAUGGCCCCUGAGACGAGGGUCUGUCACACAGUGAGCGAGUCUGCUUUCCAAAUCAAUAUGUAUUCCUCAGACUACCAAGCUUGUACCCCUGUUCCCUCCAACCCUCCACCCACUUGCAGCACCUCUGUGGACUUACUAGAAAUAGGGGGCUUGCCAGCCAGUGCAAUUAUGGAAUUUGAGCAGAUUGAAGGCAACACCACAGGUGUUAAUAACAAUUUUCUGCACUCUUCUCACAGAGGGAAAAAGGAGCAAGGUUGUUUAAGUAGAGGUGCUAAAGAGUUCAAGAAAAGCAGAGCAAGGUCAAGAGGUGGUGGGAGGGUAACAGAAGUGGGAGGGAGAGGAUGCAAAAGGCAAAACCACAUGGAAAGAUGGGGGUGGGUGGCAGGAUUGGCAUGGAUGGGGCAGGGUGGGGGUAGAGUUGGCAGAAAGAUGGACACCAGAACCACAGUGAAGCAAAGAAUGAAAGUGUUCCAGAGGCGGCGAGGUAGAGGGGCGUUGGUGAAGGGAGGAGAGACAAGAGGCUGGACAGGCAUACAUGCAAGCAAUGAGGGAAAGGAUGACCCUAGUCGUCCACGCAGGCCAAGAGGUCGUCCUCGUUUACGCCCUCUUCCUUCUGCAUCUCGUAGUUUGUAUGAUCAGAAUCUGGUUCAGUCUCCAGACCUCACUCUGUUACAUACCGUGCCAUUUCUGCCAGCUUCUCAGGUGGAGCCCACUCCACACAUAGACUCGUUUCUGGAUGACAUUAUGGCAGGACUCCACUCUCUUCCUCUCGUCCCUGCAGAAAAUCAACACGGCUUUAUGAGCUCCACAAAUUCCAAUGUUCAAUCUGUUUCGAACAUCGCAUAUUCAGUUCAGUCUCAUUCUAAUUCUGCUGAACCUUCAGAAGUCAGACCUCCUGAAGGUGAGUUGGGAGAUAUCCUGGAUCAUUUUCUGAGGACGUUUGAGCAACAUGUUGGUGGAUGUAGUUUGGAUAUGGGAACGGAGACCUCACAGGAGCAGUCAGAAGAUUUGAGUUUGAUUAAAAAAGUGAAUGGCAUUCAGCUUGAUAAAGAAAGUGAAGACUCACACCCAAGCACAAUUCCAUGUAACAACAGUUUUAAAACAUGCACUCAGCUAGAACCUCCCCAGUCAUCCUCAAAUCACCAACAGAUUCUACAUGCAGAUAUUUCGCAGACCUCCAUUACACUAACACCCAGCAAUCAAAUGCAGUAUGGGUCUAGUUCUGUAAAUCCAACUGUACCAGAACAAACACAGUCUUCAGGAUUAGAGCAGCAGGUUUCAUCUUGCCCCAGUCAGGGUUUAGAACUUGAGAAACCAUCCGAAGAUCAGAACAUCAAGAAAGAACAUCAAUUCCGAAUGAUGACCAGAAGUCAAAGCCUGAAGAGAAAACUUGACACAGAUUUAAAUAUCUCUAAGGUUUUGAAUGAGAAAGAGUGCAGCAACAAUACAUCAGACCUCACAGAAAAGAAAAGCCCAAGGAUGGUGUGCCUUUGUUGUAAAGCUAAACCAUGCAAGAGCAAAGAGAGAGUGAGUGAUCCUAGCAUGGACAAAAACAAAGAAAGGCAAAGAGAAAUGCAUUCAACAAGGAACAGUCUUAGAAAGAGGAGUCAUAGGGAAGUUAGAUCUGAACCAAAACCCGACAAGAGGACAAAGAGUCUAGGAAGUGGAAGAGAUGGAGUAAAUGGUGAUGGCAAUAAAAGGAUUAUUGAAGAUAGAAGACAUGGGUUUAAUAGUAGGAUUUUUGAAGAAAAAUACAAAGGAAAGAGUUGUAAUGAGAGUCUGAAAGAAAUAGGCUUCAAGAGUUUAAAUUGUGGUAAGAGGACAGGAAGACUUGAGGAUGAUGUACAGGUGGGAUGUAUCACAGCUGUGCCCCAGACUGGGCAGUUACCCAUAAAGAACACCAUAGAAAAAACCUAUGGUGAGUUAGCCACUUCAGCAUUGAAAAAAAUGGAAAUUCUCCUACAAAUCCAGAAUGAGAACGAAACAAAGCAGAAAAGAGAUAAAAAACAAAUAAAAAAACAUGUGAAAAAAAUGGCUAAUAGACCAAUCCUGGAACUAGGACCUGAAAAGCGGAACAUACCCUUCCAGUUGGAUCAGCCUUUAAAUUCAGCCAGAGAGGAAGUAGACAUCAAUGGCAGAUCUUCCCUCUGUACUUCAGAAUCAUCACAAAACACAAUAGACUCAUGCCUGAGUGAGCUUGUUUCACCCCAGAAUGCACUUUCACCCUGCAGUGAACUUCUUGCAUCCUCUUCCAAAAACUUGACGCUCAAAAUGACUGAUUUAACUCUGCUCCCAGGGGCAACACCUCAGCCCACACCAGCAGCACAAGUCUCAGACUCACUCCCUGAUCUUUUGACCUCACGUACAGAAGAAAUGCUCCAAGCUUCUGAAAGUUCAGACGGGGAUGAACUGGAUGUGCUGGCUGUGUCCAGCCCAAUGUCUGAGCUGGCGUCAAGGUCAGCUGUAAUCUGGGAGGCUGGGCUUAGCACAGAGGAGGAGGAGGAUGUUGAGAUUGAUAUAGUUGGAGUGGAAUUUAAUUAAUCAUUUACUUCUCUGUUACACACCAUAAAUCUGCAGUGGUCAAUUUUUUGAAGUUACCAGGAGAAUGUAAGUCCGUCUUUCCCUGCAUGUUAAUCUGAAUCAUCACUUCUAAGUUUGAAUGUUCCACAUCUCAUCGUGUCAUCAAGUUUGUUUGGUUUUUGUAGUCUGGUGUGCUAAAUAACUCUCUUUAUUUCAUCUUGUUUGUUUUUAAGACCGUAUUAACAAACACAGAAUCGACUAAGUUAAAGAUGCACAUGGUUUGCUUCAAUUUUGGACAUAGUAAGAAAAGUAAAAGAAUGUUUUAGUUUAACAUUGAUUUUAGUCGGUUUUGAACUAAUUUCAAAAAGUCAAAAGUUUACACAUACUUGUAAGGGGCAAUUAUUCCAUUCUUUUUGGUGACAAACUAAAUGAAACACUUCUAUAUUCUAACAUCAUUUUACAAGAAGAUUUUUUUUCAGCAUUGUGGAUUAAUUUUAAAUAAUUCCUUUGGACAGGCCUUGCAUGCACUACUACAGCAAAUCAUGCACUGUUUUUUAAAAGUUUUACAUUUAAGUUCUAAUUUAAUUUGGCUUCAUUAAAAAUGUAACAUUUAAAGCAACUUAUUGGUUUGGUGGUGAAUAAAGGUAAUAAUUUUAUUUAACUGUGCGUAUAAAUGCAUGUAGUUUGACUGCACCUGUUACAACGUACAUAAAACAGUGAUUUAUUUGCCAAACAGAAAGUAAAUUAGUGUGAAUGGUCAGAUCCAAGAACCACCAAAAACAGCUCUGCCAUAAAUUAUUAAAUUAUUGGAACAUAGGUGACACCAACAGUCAAGCAGGCUUUAUAAAAAUGGUGCCACACAAGAAAGAAGACUAGAUAUUCCAAUCACUCAGUCACAGGGAAAUAAGUUGCAUAAAUCAUAAAAACAGAACUGACUUGCCAUGCAUGCUCCUUACAAAUGUAUGUAAACUUCUGACUUAACUGUAUGUGUCUGUUGCAUGUCUGUUGAUGUGCCUCUUAAUGUAAAAAUGUUUAACAGUUAUUACCUCAUCAUUUGAUUUGGUUGUGUUUAAGAUUAAAAUAAUAUUUUGUAAUUUCA